AUGCAGAGAUGCGACGCUGCGCGCCCGACGUGCCAGCAAUGUGUUAAGGCUAACACACCGACGGAGUGCGUAUAUGGUCAAGGCGCAGAAACAUCGGGAAUCCAACUGCUCGAGGAACGGAUCAGUCGACUCCAGGGACGUAUCAGGUUUCUCGAGAGCAACACUGCAGGACCAGUAUUGCUACACGAUCCGUAUCCUCAAGCCCGCACCAGUCAGUCAGCAACACCGGCUAACAGAGAGCGUCGUGUACUUCCCCCUGCUACGACUCAGGCUUUAAUGCGGUCGUUCUCUAGCGGUGCUUCGCAGGUUGGAUUUUUCUUGCACGUGUCUCGCUUCUUGCAGCGCACGUCGGCUUUGCCCCUGUCCACGUCCCCCACGCAUGCAUCGACUCUCAUCAAUGCGGUCUAUCUCCUUGGCGCCUACUUUUCCACGGACAUCAAUUUACAAACCCUCCAGGAAGACUUCCUGGCAUACGCCAUGGAGGAUCUCUCGUCUACGCUCGUAGACUUGCAGCCGGCCGCGAUCAUGGACGUCUUGCAGGCCGAGGUGCUCCUCGCGUACUACUUUUUCUGCAACAACCGCACUGUCGAGGGUGUCUACCACAUGGACGCUGCCUCAGCGAUUGUGCUCGCGAGCAGGUUGCACCAGAUCCGCAGUGCGCGCUAUGCAGCGGUGGCGGGCGACGCUUCGUCUAGGUACCAGCUCACCCCGCCUACCGACCCCAUCGACGAAGGACAGCGGAUCAAUGCGUUCUGGGUUACGUUCAUACUCGACCGCAACUGGUCCAUCGCGCUAGGCAGGACGACCGUUCUCACCGACGACGAGCCGAGGGGCACCGAGAUUGACACUCCGUGGCCACGGUGCAUCGAGAUGUACGAAAGUAGCCCUGCGGCCAUGCACGCGAAAGCCUCGGUGCUGUACAGCGCCGCCGCCCGAAUCGCCGCUCAGUUCGGCACUAUGAACAACGUGUUUCCUACGGACUGGCAAGAGUUGAUCAACCGUGUUGCGCAAUUUCAGCAGGCUAUGCCAUCGAUGGACCGCAUCCACCCCGCGCGACAGGAUCUCUACAUCAAGAUAUUGCUCAUCAGCCUGCUCGUGCACUGUGCGACCAUAGAGCUGCACCAGCCCCUCGAGGUGCGAGGUACUGGGAUCGUGCCGAACUCUAGGAGCCUCACUGCCGCUCUCGCUGCCGUGGACGUGCUGAGCCGCAUCAAUAUUGGGGGGAUAGCGCACGUCGAUCCGAUCGUUGGCGUAAGUCGAUCAACUCUCGUAGAUACCGGCCGUGCUUACUUACGUCGUUACAGGUACACUUCCUCGGCCACUCCGCCUCUGUCACGGAAACGGUGGACCACCGACGACGCCAAAGUUCAUGUCCUCGAUGAUCGGUCGGUGACGACAAAAGACGUUUACUCCUCAGCUAUGUUCUGCGACAACCUACUUCGUUGCUUUACGAAUGUAGAGGUAGUCAACACCGUGCGUCGCGCGUCCACGCCUAGGAGUGGCAUGGCCGGUUGCAUUCCAUCGCAUAGCCAUAACUCCAGCAUGAAGACCAUCUCACGUGUCGUGACCACUUUGCAGAGGUGCGAUGGGGUCCGUCCGACGUGCUACCAGUGCGAGAAGGCCGGUGUACACGACGACUGCAUCUACGGCGGAGAGUCCAAGUUUCACGGGGCGCAGCUUCUCGAGGACAAAAUCAGUCAACUCAAGUCGCGGAUCGCUCAGCUCGAAGGCAACACGUCAGGUCCUGUCCUCCUACACGACCCGUACGCACUUUUUCACAAACGGCAACAAGGACGGUCUGUACGCAGCAGAAACCGUCAAGAAGUUCCAGUGGAAACCUUACAUGCCCUCGUGCACUGCUUCUCAGGAGCGGCAUCCCAGACCGGUUUCUUCUUUCACGUUCCUCGCUUCUUCCAAAGGAUCUUUGCGCAACCAAUGAUCAACUUACCGAGGCACGCGCGUGCGUUGCUGAACGCGGUUUGUCUGGUUGGGGCGUACGUGUCGGUUGAUGGUCGCCUCCAAAGCCUCCAGGCGGAUUUCCUCGCCUCCGCACUGGAAGACCUCUCGGCAACGCUGGGAGAUCUGAGCCCACCCGCCAUCCUGGACGUGUUGCAGACGGAGAUUCUGCUCGCGAACUACCUCUUUUCCUGCAACCGCCCCUUAGAAGGCGUCUAUCACAUGGAUGCCGCCUCUGCCAUGGUGCUGGCAAGUGGCAUGCACGAGCUCGGAGGCGGGCGCCAGACUCUGCCAGCAGACGCGCAACUUUCGAGGUACCAACCUCCUCCGCCUGUGGAUCAAAUCGAACAGGACGAGCGGGUCAAUGCGUUUUGGGCGAUGCUAGUGCUCGACAAGUGUUGGUCGCCGAUAAUGGGCCGCACGCCUAUUCUUCCAAACAACGACACUGAUCAUUUGACACUCUCAGAUGUGGCCGCUUAUGUAUUGGGUUCGACUGACCUCGACGACCGCAUCAUGCGGUUCCAGGCAGGGCUACAGACCCUCAACGCGAUUCAUCCUACCAGACAAGAUCUGCUCAGCAGACUGCUCCUCGUCCACAUGCUGGUCAAUUGCGCGACCAUACAGCUGCACAAGCCGCUCGACCUGCGAGGCAACGGGAUAGCGUUGGAUAGCCAGACCUUCGCAGCCGCGUGCGCCGCUGCAAACGCACUCAGUCAGAUCAACGUUCGCGCGCUCACGUUCAUCGACUCGUCCAUCGGGGUAAGCGGCAUCCUCGCAUCCUUGCAACCGCCUGUCUUACAUAUGCAUGUCUAG